AUGGACCACCACCACCACAUGCACUCGUUCCCACCUCCCCUCGAUACACCUGGCCGUUCGGCCUCAUCCGUGUCGGCAAGCUCCGUCGCCCUCUCGCCGCUCGACAUGGACCCCCUCCUCACCAACAACGCUGACCUGUACGACGGCGACGCGGCAGCCGGUACUGGCAUCGACCCCGCGCUUCUCUUCAUGGAUCCCGGGCUGCAGCUGCAUGGAAUGUACCCCUUCGCAGUGGGCGGCGGCGUCUCGCCCUCAUACCCCUUCGCCCCCCACCACCACAUCUACGGCGAGCCGUCGUCGUCCAGUACGCCACCCGGGUGGAUGAUGGCGUGGACACCACCCAUGACACCGAGCGCAGUUCCUGCCAAGCCCGUCUCCCACCAACCCCCGGCGCCCAUGCAGCAGCUCCCACUGCCAGUACCCCAGCCCGCACCAACCAUGAGCUCGAGUGGAAGCCGUUCCACCGCCCCUCCCGCCGACUAUUCGCUUCCAUUCGACGUGACGCCCUUCAUCCUGGCGCAGGAAGCGUUCGCAAGCGAAGACGACAAGUGGGCGGCGGUGCUCGCGCGCGACCCGGCGGCCGACGCUGCCUUUGUCUACUGUGUCACCAGCACCCGCAUCUACUGUCGUCCAACCUGCCCCUCGCGCCGCGCAUUGCGGCACAACGUCGUGUUCACCCGCACUCCUGGCGAGGCCGAGGAGCUCGGCUACCGUGCAUGCCGCCGCUGCCUUCCCGACUGCCUCGCAAGCGCCAGCGAAACUCGACAGAUAAUCGCAGUGGAGCAGGCAAAGGCCAUCAUCGCCGAGGCCGUCAACUCGGACGGCCGUAUCCCGGUCCCCAGCCUGUCCAAGCUGUCCGAGGCCGUGUCCAUGUCCAAGUUCCACUUCCAGCGCACAUUCAAGAGGAUCGUGGGCGAGUCUCCCGACAGCUACUCGAGGACUCUGCGCCGUAUCCGCACCGUGUCCGGAUAA